AAAAUAGCAACCCUAGAAAAGUACAAUAGAAGUCGCACUAAGUUGCGGACAUUCCUUACCAACAUUAACUUAUACUGCGAAUUUAACGAAGAAAAGAUCCUCAUAGCUAGCACCCACAUAAAAGGACGAGCGUUAAGCUGGAUGCAGCCAUACGUGGAGGACUAUCUAUUAAAUAUCGAGAAUAGAGGAACGAAGAACGAGACGCGCGCCUUGUUCACUAGUUAG